AUGAUUUCCAAGGUGGAACACUUCUUAAGAAGUAAUUUUAGUACUUUAUUCCCUUUUGUUUCUUUUGACCUAACAAAACAAAAGAUGGAUAUUAAAGAUGGAGUUACAAAACUAGCGUUUCAUUAUGAAUUAUCAGGAAAUACAGGUGCAGAUUACAAUGUUUACUCUCUUGUUCUUCACGAAAGGGAGGUAGAAUUAGAUAAAAAAGGUGGAUUAAUAUAAUGACUAAAAUAAAAUGACAACUUAUAUUGAAUACAAAGUAAAUUUGACGGAUUCUCAGAAGUCAAAAGUGGCUUCUGCAGUAAAAAAUAAAUCUCCAUUAUAACAUUCAAGUCGAAAAGGAAAUGUGAAAUGAUGCUACGAGAAUACAGAUAACUAAAUUAGAAAAAUCUAUUGCAAAUGGAACAGGAACUGAUAUAAAAAAAGGUAAAACACAAAUAUCUAAGUCAGUAAAACAUGGAGGAAACUUAUUCACAGCAUUUGCAUCUCUUGGAACAAGACUUCUUCCUUAUGCUAUCUCAGCAAAAUCGAUAGUUGCUCCUGCAUUAGCAACUGGAGCUGUUUAA